UCAAGCCUCAACACAGACCAGAUGAAGACAUCUGACUGCUGCGCUCACAGCCGCAAAAAUGAUUUUCUUUUUAUUUAUUGUGUUUUUAUUGGUUGCAUAUUUGAUUGGUCAUAGGAUUUUUGUUCAUAGGAAGACCUUCACCGGCACUGCCAAACUAUAUGGGAAAACCGUCAUUGUAACGGGUGGCAACACUGGCAUUGGGAAGGCGACUGCCGCAGAGCUGGCCAUGAGAGGAGCCCGAGUGAUUCUGGCCUGCCGCAGCAAACAGAGAGGAGAAGCAGCAGCACAAGAAAUCAGGAUGGAGACUAGGAAUGAUGCUGUGAUCUUCAUGCAACUGGAUCUUGCAAGUCAGAAAUCCAUCCGAUCUUUUGCCGAAACCUUCCUGAAAGCCGAGCCCAGACUGGACCUGCUCAUCAAUAAUGCUGCACUGGCCGCUCCAGGACGCACUGAAGAUGGCAUCGGGAUGAUCCUCGGUGUCAAUCAUAUCGGUCCAUUCCUGUUGACCAAUCUUCUGUUGGAGCGUCUCAAGGAGUGUGCGCCCAGCAGAGUGGUCAACGUGUCAUCUUGUGGUCAUGAUCUGGGCACUAUUGAUUUCGACUGCAUCAACACACACAAGAAGCUCGCUCUGGGAUCAUCUGACGCUGAAUUAUUCAGGGCCUACACCCACAGCAAGCUCUGUAAUGUGCUCUUCACUCAUGAACUGGCCAAGAGACUGGAGGGAACCAGCGUCACAUGCUACAGUCUCCAUCCAGGGUCGGUAAGAUCAGAGCUCGCCCGUGACAUCAAUGAAUGGCACACACACAUUAUCAAGGCCAUUAUUAGCAAGUUCUGGGCGACCGACCCGGUGUCUGGGGCUCAGACGACGCUGUACUGCGCACUACAAGAGAACAUCGAGCACCUGAGCGGACGAUACUUUUCUGACUGUCAGCUGGUGCAAGUCAAGCCUGAGGCCAGAGAUGAUGGAAUCGCCAAAAAACUGUGGGACGUCAGUGAGAAGUUAUGUGGCAUGGCUUGAAUACACAGGCGCACACAUUGCUGUGAGAAAAGUACCGUAAUAUCUUGAUUUUGGUAUUUUUUCUUUUGGUAUAUUAUGUGUCCUUCAGGCAGAGUCAGAAAUAUCAUAAUUACACGUUCUGAGCACACAAGUGAGUGGAAAGCAAGUCUGUAACCAGUGCUGUUAAUCACUCAACUUUUAUAUUUAGCUUCACAUUUAGUUGUGAUUGAAAUAAUUUUUUUGCAUAAUCAAAUAAAAA